CGGCGCCUAGCCGGCCUGCACCGCGCCAUGGCCCCGCGCACCCGGCGGCGCGGCCCGCUGCCCAGGCUGCUGGCGCUGUGGGUGCUGUUCGCCCCGCUGCAGGUAACCUUUCAGGUCACUCCUCCGUGCACUAGUGACAGGCAUUAUGAGCAUGCUGGGCGGUGCUGCAACAAAUGUGAACCAGGAAAGUACAUGUCUUCUAAAUGCACUACUACCUCUGACAGCGUGUGUUUGCCCUGUGGCCCAGAUGAAUACUUGGAUACCUGGAAUGAAGAAGAUAAAUGUUUGCUGCAUAAAGUGUGUGACACAGGCAAGGCCCUGGUGGCGGUGGAUCCCGGCAACCAUACGGCCCCGCGGCGCUGCGCCUGCACGGCUGGGUAUCACUGGAGCCAGGACUGCGACUGCUGCCGCCGCAACACAGAGUGCGCGCCGGGCUUCGGCGCUCAGCACCCCUUGCAGCUCAACAUGGACACACUGUGCAAGCCUUGCCUUGCGGGCUACUUCUCAGAUGCCUUUUCUUCCACUGACAAAUGCAAACCCUGGACCAACUGUACUGUCCUUGGAAAGACAGAAGAACAUCAUGGGACAGAGAAAUCAGAUGUGGUUUGCAGUUCUUCUCUGCCAUCUAGAAAACUGCCAACGGACCCCCAGAUUUACUUGCCCAGUUUAAUCAUUCUGCUUCUCUUCAUGUCUGUGGCAUUAGUGGCUGCCGUCAUCUUCGGUGUUUACUAUAGGAAAAGGGGGAAAGCAGUAACAGCAAAUUUGUGGCACUGGGUCAAUGAUGCUUGCAGUCGCCUAAGUGGAAAUAAGGAGUCCUCAGGUGACAGCUGUAAUGGUGUUCACUUGGCAGCCUCUCCUCAGCUCAAAGUGUGUGAAGGUGUCUUACUGCUGAAUCUGGAGGAGAAGAUGAUUCCACAAGAUACGUGCUGUCCAGACGGUGCCGGUGUCUUUGGAGGUGCAUGUGCAGGAGCUGGGCCCUGUGCACAGGGUGAAGAAGCCGGAACAUUCUCUUUGGUUGAGAUUGAGGGGGACUCUUUCAGGCAGAUUCCCAUGGAAGAUGAGUACAUGGACAGGCCCUUGCAGUCUUCAGAAUGUUCACUGUUCCAGACCCAGCCUGGAAGCAAAUCUACACCGCCUUUCUCUGAACCCCUGGAGGUGGGAGAGAAUGACAGUCUAAGCCAGUGCUUCACAGGAACUGAGAGCAUGGUGGAUUCAGAAAGCUGCAACUUCACGAAACCCCCAUGUAGGACUGACUGGAUUCUUGAGUCCCCUGAAAAAUACUCACAAAAAGAGGUGGAAGAUGGCAGUUGCCCAUACUGGGCAGCUGGUGCCAGCUUGGCAGACAACUGCAUAGGCUGUGGGAACCCUCCUGGGGAGGACCGUCAACCCCUCGUGAGUUCCUUGCAAUGUGGACACUUGCCCCAGUGUGCCUAUGGCAUGGGCCUCCCCACUGAGGACAUAGCCGGCAGGGCAGAGUGGGGUGACACACCCCAGGAUGGGGAUGAUGUGAGGCUUCCAGGCUCCUCAAAAAGAGGCACUGGAUCUGGGAGCUCCCCCAGUGAUCAGACACCUGUAUCUGGAAAUGUGACAGGAAACAGUAACUCCACGUUCAUUUCCAGCGGACAAGUGAUGAACUUCAAGGGCGACAUCAUCGUGGUCUACGUCAGCCAGACGUCGCAGGAGGGCGCGGCGGGGCCGGGGGGCGCGGGCGCGGAGCCGGUGGGCCACCCGGUGCAGGAGGAGACUCUGGCGCGCUGCGACUCCUUCGCGGGCAACGCGCCACGCUUCCCGGACACGUGCGCGGCCGCCGAGGCGCUGCGGGAGCCGGACAAGGCCUCGCGGCCGGUGCAGGAGCAGGGCGCGGCCUGAGCGGCCCCUGUGCCGGGCCUCGUAAUCGGGCACCGCGGAGCACCGGAUCCUCCUGACCUUGGCCGAGAUCAUACAGGUGUGCAAAGUUACCUGACGUUCUUCACCCGCCUUCAGAGAACCAGACUUUUCAAAAAGUCAAGAUGCAUUGUGACUACUUACUGUUAGCACUGCCUCUUAACCCCUCACACAGGUACAUACUGCUCGCUGCCAUCUGGGUUGUCCACCUUUUACUGCUGUUUAUGGCUCUCUACCCCUACCCUCGCUCAUGAUCACUUCAUCAGUAACUGUCUCUUUUUGGCAUCUUUGGUUUAUGACUGUCCUGUUGAAGUCUGUAUUUUCCUCCCUAUGUUUAUAUUUCACUUUCUUUCAUAACAUAUUUCUUGAUACUUUUUUCCUGCACCUUUUUUUUUUUUCCUAUUUAAGGAGUUUUUCAAAAGUCUUCUUCAAGGUGAUAUAUACAUAUAUAUACAUAUAUCUUCUCACAGUACUCUGUUGAUGGCUUUCCAAGUGUGCAUCUAAGAACUUUCAGGGAAAGGCUAGAGCUGUAAAGCCUGGAAUGAGGGGCAGGGUACGUGUAAAGGGACUUUUAUUUUCUGACAAAUAUUACGUGUCCUCUUUUUGCUAAAAGGAAGAAAAUGAAAUCUUGUUUUUCCCCAUGAAUGUUUUAAAGUUUGUAUAGCUCCUGGACCAGAACUAGAUUCAAUGCAUGCCCUUGUUCAUUUAUGCACACUAUCAGAGACCACAGAUAUUUGGCAGCUAGCUAUCCAAAAAAAAAAAAAAAAUGGCAUCUUCAUCUCUAAAACUUGCUACAGUUGGCAUUCUUAAUCUUGUUGUCUCUGUGGAGAAGAUGAAGAAAAAUAGUAGAACACUGGUUCUGUCUGCCACAAAGUGAAAAGAAGGUGCCAGCAAAGUUCAAGAAGGAAUAAAGUUGACAUUAAUUUAUAUUUUCUCCUUCUAGAGAUGAAUGCCAUAAAUACGUUUAAGCACUAGGGCCUCCUUUCUUCCUAAAUAAUUGUGCAUCUAUAUCUUAGCCUUGAAGAAAAUAUCCCUAAUUUUUCCAGUGUAUUUAAAUUACAAACCAAAUCCUCAUGUUGUGAAUAUAAAAGAGCUUAUUAUCCUACAGGUGCUUUUCUCUUGGGAUUGGAAACAGAAUGUAAGUCAGUCUGGAAUGAAGUCACCUGGGUGGAUUUACCUGCUGUGGCCAAUGAGCACUGGUUUUCCUUGAUACUGGAGAAACGAUAAAACACCUAAGUAAUUAAAAGUAAUUUUGCACAUCUGGUAGAUGGUAAGAGUGUUAAUGGUGGUCACUGUGCAGACUUUAAUGGCCAUAAAUGUCCACCUAAAGAGAAAGGCUAUGCAUUGUUGAGUCUCUCUCCUGGUUUCAGUUCUCCUGUAACUGCUGGGUGGUAGCAGUUGAUUGUGACUUUUUAUGCAGAAGCAGUGGACAGCUCUAUAAUUUAUGGGAUCUUCACUCUGCAGGAGUAAAGAACUACAGGAAGUAACUGUAGUGCCAGAAUGAUCUGUUGGUGGGAAUUUACCAUCUUUUCUUCCCUUUUAGUUAACAUCCAUCCAGAGUGAGAUAUAACAAAAAUGGGGGGAAAAUUAUACCUUUUGAUUCACAACAUAUUAAACAGACAAAAUAAUAGUUCAGAAAGUAGGUUGCUGAGCUAAAAACCCACAUUUUUACUGUGACUGUCAUUAUCUUACUUCACCUCUCUGCUUUCAUUUUACUUUCUAUAAAAUGAUCAAUAAUGAUAAUUUAUCAUAGUUUUUCUACCCAGAGAUUAUCAAAUGGAUGCCACAGUGAAUGUUAAAAAUACCUUGAGCUCCUUAAAUAAAGGUGUUACCAUUAAUACAUUAGAAUCUAAUUUCAGAAAAAGUAAUAUUCGUUCCCAUAGAUCUCUACUAAUGCUGUAUCAUUCCAAAGACAACUAAAUGAUAGGAAGUGGAUAGCAAAUAUAGGUCUGUGUAUAGAGAGGUAGCUGACAGAUGUAAACAGAAUGAAAUGAAAGCAAUAAUAAAAAAUUAUUUGGGGGACAUGAUAAAGAGAUUAUUAAAUUUAUAUUUGACCAUAAAGGACUUUUCAUGGCUUGGUAAAACAGGGUUCAUUAUGGCCUCAUAAUCCAACAUGUUGGUUUUAUUUUGUCUUUUUGGUGAUUCUCUUGACAACAGACUUGGGAGAAAAAAACUCUUUGAUGAUGUAUCUGCUGUUAAUCUCACAAGAAAACUAAGUACAGUCUGGCUACCUAGUAAAAAAGAUGAAAGCUAAACUACCUAUAGAGGGUAAUGUUUUCUACCCACAUUUACUUGCCUACUAGAAGGCGGAAUUAAUUUCUUUUUCUACCUGAGAAUGUAAAACUUAAUAAUGUGUGGAAACUUCAUGGAGCAGGGGAAAGGAUUUUUACUGUGUAACAACCCAUUCCAACACUCAGUGGCUUAAAACAAUGGCUACUUAGCUUAAAUUUCUAUGGGUUGAAUUAGCUUGAGUGGUUUUUCAGGCUUAGAUCCAGCAAGGCUGGACUCCCUCACCCAGUUGUGGAGAGCAGGCUGGUUGGUGGGGUGGGCUAGGCUAGCCUGAGCCUUCUCCUCACGGUUCCUUGUCCUUCCACCCACCAAGUGGAGCUGAUUCUUAUGGUGGUGUCAGGGUCCUGAGAAGGCAGGCAUAACCCUGCCAGGCUUCUUGAGAUAUAGGCAAUAAUUGGCACACUUUCCUUCAGCCACUUCUGUUGGCCAAAGCAAGUCAAAAGACCAGUGCAGAUUAAAGAGAUAGGGAAACACCCCCAAAGGAAGAGCUGCAGGGUAGCAUAGUGGGGUGGGUACAAGGAGGGGACGAUGAGGACCCUUUUGCCAUGUAUCCAGGGACAUUGUUUGGAACAAAAUGGUGCAGAGAAGGGUCCAUCUGGGAACAAAACAGGCACAUUUCCCAGGCCCUGAUAAAUGAAGGAUUCCCUCUCCUGUAACCGAAUUCCUCCAGUGGAAGAGAUAGCCACAUUCACAUGUACAUAUCAAAAUCUCUUCCAGAGUAAUUGGAGGUGAUUUGGGAAUUGGGUCUAUGAUACUACUGCUGUACUUUAUUGCACAGAAAACUGAAACAUGACUGUUUAUAAAACCAAGAAAACUGAUGAGAUGCUUUGGGUAGAGGAACAUGUUAAGGAGGUAAAAGAUCUAAUGUUCACCUUUACUCUGCUUCAACAAAUGUUUUUUAUAUACUGGGCAAAAGGGUGACAUGAGCCAAGCACUGUCUUUGGUGGACAUGUGGUGUAUUAUAGACAUGUUUGCUCUUAGCAGUCUUAAAUGAAUAUGAUUCCCUUAGUUUAUCUUCUUUGGAACACUGUAUGGUGCUCUGGGUGCAAGCUGCACAGCCUGAUUUGGGAGAGGGAAUAAAGCUUUCAAGGCCCUG